UCUGUCCCAGGUGCAGCUGCAGCCCCAGACAUGUCCUGCUACACCCCGUGCCUGCCCUGCCAGCCCUGCGGCCCGACCCCGCUGGCCAACAGCUGCAAUGAGCCCUGUGUCAGGCAGUGCCAGGACUCCAAUGUCUUCAUCCAGCCCUCCCCCGUGGUGGUGACCCUGCCCGGGCCCAUCCUCAGCUCCUUCCCACAGAACACCGCCGUGGGAUCCUCCACCUCCGCUGCCGUUGGCAGCAUCCUCAGCUCUCAGGGAGUGCCCAUCAACUCCGGGGGCUUUGGCCUCUCUGGCCUGGGCAGUGGCCUCUGUGGCAGGAGCUGCUUCCCCUGCUAAAGCUGCUGGCCCUGGCCCUGGCAAGGAACCCAGGGACACACAGGAUGGAACCGCCCUGGGGACGCAGCAUCGGCUUCUGCUUCCAGAGCGGCUGAGCCAGCCCAGCAGCCCUUGC